GUCUCGCGGGAACCCAGAGCUCCGCUGCGCUGCGCUGUCAGGACCACUCCGUGUCGCCGCGAUCGGCGCGUUUCUCUCUCUUUCUGCGCGCGUCUCACCGGCGCUGCGGCCACUUGGAGCCCCACGCUGCGCGUUCCCGACAAUCUCUGCGCCCGUGUGCGCGGCUCCGCUCGGCUCCGCUCGGCUCCGCGCGCAGGACGGGACAGGACAGGACAGGACGGGACAGCGGAGGCGAGCGCCGCGGCUAAGUUCGGCGGGUCAGCGGCUCGGCUGGAGCCCAUCGGGAGCGGCGGCACCGCGGACGCGCAGCGGGAGAUGAAGGAGAAGGAUCUGUUUCCCCCCAGCAACUCGCUUCUGCUCCAUCGUCAUGGCAACGCUGAGCGAGAAUACGGACUUGGAGACCAUCCUGGCCUCCAUCCACCUGGAGAGGUACCUGGAGAGCUUCCAGCGCUCGGGCUACCUGCGCGCCAGGGACCUGUUUGAGCUGGACCAGGCGGCGCUCAACCAGCUCGGCAUCACGGCCACCGGCCACAGGAAGCGCAUCCUCAAGUUGGCCGAGCGCAUCCGGCGGGCCGAGGGGCUCCUGGACCUGGAGACGGCGGCGCCACCGCCGCCGCACCGCUGCCAGUCGGAGUCGGCCAUACACCUCGUGUCGGAGCAAGAGGACAGGGAGGGGCCCUCGUCCCCCCAGCGGCAGCAGCUGAGCACCGCGGAGCUACAGCGCAACAGCUCGGUCCCCAGCAUCCCCAGUGUCCUCGAGGGAUCUUCCGUGGAGCCUGAGGUUGUCCCUGUGAAGCCGGUGCCAAAACCCAGGACGGUGUUCCACAGGUCCAGGACAGAGCCGCCAUUCUCCCCGUCAACACCAGAGCAGGAGUCGCCUCUCCCCAAAGGGCUCUCGCAGGAGUGUCUCUUCCUGGCCCCUCCGGAAGGUUCGGUUUCGCAGGGGGGUAGCUGUAAAGGCCCCUCGGCCUCAGACCCGUUCCUGCCUCCAGUUCCACCACGACUCCACCGGGGAGUACCCCCUGCCAUGUUCCGCAGUUUGCCAUCACCGGUCAGGACUGAACCGGACUCUCCAACCACCCCCCUCCGUCCCUCCCCGCCUGGGUCGCCCAGUUGCCGCAGGGACCCUUCGCUGCGCUGCUCGAACCCCAGCCCUGCCUCCCCCCAGGGCACCCUGGAGAUGGUCUCCAACGAAAUCUACUGCGGUGCUGCAGCCGUCUCCGCCUGGAACCGACCCGUUCCGCAGCCCCCGCCCCGGCAGGAGCUCGGCAUCUCUCUCGACCGGAACGGCACUUCGAGCAGCAGCUUUGCGGAGCGGCCCCAGAGGAUUGUGGCCCCCCUAUGUGACCAAGAGGACACCAUAAGCCCGUACUGCGAGACCGUGUUCCCGAGCCAAAGGAACCAGGACGCCAAGGUCACGAGGAGCAGAAGCGAGGGGGAGAGCGGCGAGCCGAAAAGGGAAGCGGCCACGAGAAAAGGGGAUGCCGGGCCAGUGCGCUUCUCGCAGCCCGCGCGCAACGAGUCCCAAGGCUACUGCGCGGUAGGGGAUCCGCCCCCCAUCCUGGGCCGCUGUUUGUCGGUGCCCCCCGCGUCCCGGCCCGGAGACCCGGACGAGGAGCAGGCCAUCUCCCCGUACGCGAGCUACACGUCGCUGUCGGAGCGCACGGCGCCCAUCCUCAGCGGCUGGCUGGACAAACUCUCCCCCCAAGGAAACUACGUCUUCCAGAAACGCUACGUCAAGUUUGACGGCCGAAACCUCACGUAUUUUGGCAGCGAGAAGGAAGUUUACCCCAAAGGCGUGAUUCCUUUGGCUGCCAUACAGAUGGCCCGUGCGGCGAAGGAUUACAAGUUCGAGGUGGUGACGAAUCACAGGACGUUUGUCUUCCGCGCGGACAACGAAGCCCUGAGAAACGAGUGGUGCGACACGCUCAAGAGCCACGUGAAGGAGCAGCUGGUGUUUGGCCGCCCGCGCUUCGGCCCCGGUACCCACUGUCAGAAGACCGGCUACCUGGAGCUCAAGGGGACCAAGUCGAAGGUCUACGCGGCCAUCGUCGUGGAGGAAGUGUGGCUCUACAAGAACGAGCAGUGUUUCAAGAACGGAAUCGGGAUCACUGUGAUCGAGGCCAGAGGUUCAACAAUCAGAGAGGGCAAAAACAAAAGCUUUGACCUGAUAACUCCUCACAAAACAUUCAGCUUCACGGCCGAGUCAGAGCGGGACAAGAAGGACUGGAUGGAGGCCCUGCAAGAGUCCAUUGCGGAAACGCUUUCGGACUACGAGGUGGCGGAGAAGAUCUGGUCCAACCGGUCCAACAAGGUCUGUGCUGACUGCAGGGCCAUCAGUCCCGACUGGGCCUCCAUCAACCUCUGCGUGGUCAUCUGCAAGAACUGCGCAGGGCAGCACCGGAGCCUCGGAACUAUGGUGUCCAAAGUACAGAGCCUGAAACUUGACACCAGCGUGUGGAGCAACGAGAUAGUUCAGCUCUUCAUCAUGCUGGGCAACGACAGAGCUAACGAGUUCUGGUCGGCCCGUCUGCCCCCGGCUGAGGAGAUCGACUGCGACGCCACUCCGGAGCAGAGGCGCGAGUUUGUCGCUCUCAAGUACCGCCAGGGCCGCUACCGGCGCCCGCAUCCUGGCUUCGCCACCCAAGAGGAGCUCCUCAAGGCACUCUGCACCGCCGUGACCGAGCAGAACCUGCUCAAGACCGUCACCAGCAUCUUCGCUGAGGCCGAGGCGGCUGACCGGUCCGGCGCCAACGGCCUCGACAAGCACGACCACGGUUCGCACGCUACUUCAGGUGGAGCGGAGGACUGGACGCAGAGUGUGUACGACGAGAUCACGCAGCCCGUGCUGCACGCCGGCUACAUCUACAAGUCGGGCAGCAUGAGCAAAGGGACGCUGUCCCGCAAGACCAGAGAAGAUUUUCAGAAGUUCUGGUGCUCGGUGGAGAAGGCUAUCCUCUUCUACGAGUCGGACCGGUGCCACGAGCCCAGCAUGAAGAUCGAGGUGAAAGACGUCGUCUGCCUGGGUGUCAGUCGGCCGGACGUCUGCAGCAGCACGGGCUUCAUCGACAGGUUUCGCUACACCUUGGAGCUGUGCCUGUCGUCCGAGAAGCUGUACCAGUUUGGGCUCGAGACUCCGGACACGCUGCACAGCUGGGCCAAGGCCAUCGGCAAGGCUGCCACUCCCAUCAGCUGCCACUGCCUGCUGGCGCGCGAGUUUGAGCGAGUGGGCGUCCUUCGCUACAAGGCCAUGCUGGACCCCCGGCAGUGGAAGGAGGGCUUCUUCGUCCUGCAGAAGUGUAACCUCUUCAUGUGUCCCGGCGACGACGGCGCUGCUGAGGACAUCAUCAACCUGAAGAGGCUGCAGGAGCUCAGCAUCGCGUCCCAGAACGACAACAACGAGAAGAGGGACAUUCUGGUGCUGGUUGAAAAAGGAAGGACGCUCUACCUCCAGGGGAUGGGCCGGACGGACUUCUCCCUGUGGUACGCGGACAUCCAGAAGGCCGCUGGGGGGAAGGGCAACGCCUUGAAGGACCAGCAGCUGAGCAGGAAUGACAUCCCCAUCAUUGUGGACAGCUGCAUCGCUUUCAUCACGCAGUACGGCCUGGGACACGAGGGAAUAUACCGCAAGAACGGCGCCAAGUCCCGCAUCAAGCUGCUGAUGGAGGACUUCCGGAGGGACGCCCGCAACGUCAAGCUGCGAAUCGGGGACAACUUCAUCGAGGACGUGACGGACGUGCUCAAGAGGUUCUUCCGGGAAAUCGAUGACCCCAUAUUCAUGGCCGACCUGCAUCCUCUGUGGAAGGAAGCGGCCAAGAUAUCCAAUAAGGUGCAGCGGUUGGACAGGUACAAGGAGCUGAUUCGCGGUCUUCCCCGGGUGAACAGGACCACUCUGGCCGCCCUGAUCAGUCAUCUUUACCGGGUCCAGAAGUGCGCCGACCUGAACCAGAUGUGCACCAAGAACCUGUCGCUGUUGUUCGCGCCCAGUCUGUUCCAGACGGACGGCAAGGGGGAGCACGAGGUGAAGAUCAUUGAGGACCUCAUCGACAACUACCUCUAUGUCUUUGAAAUCGAUGAGGAGCAGCAGACACAGAUUGAGCUAGAGGUCAGCCUCAUCACCACCUGGAAGGACACACAGCUCUCCCAAGCCGGGGACUUAAUCAUCGAGGUGUACCUGGAGAAGAAGACACCAGACAGCUGUAUAACCCUCAAAGUGUCCCCAACGAUGUGCGCCGAGGAGCUCACCAACCAGGUGCUCUACAUGAGAAACGUGCCCGCGGGAGAGAAGGACGUGUGGCUGACGUUCGAGGCCAUCGAGGACGGAGAGUUGGAGCGCCCGCUGCACCCCAAGGAGAAGGUUCUGGAACAAGCCCUGCAGUGGUGCAAGAUGGCCGACCCCAGCUCGGCCUACCUCCUCGUGAAGAAGGUGCCCAGAGGAGAAGCCAUCCACGUCUUCACAGGCUACAAGAGCGAGGUCUCCAAGAGCGGCGUCCUCAAGUGUCGCGAGGAGCCACCCAAGUUGCUGCAGGGGAACAAGUUCCAGGAGAGAACCUUCCAGAUCAGGGAGCACAAGCUGCUGCUGCUCAAGGAUAAGAAGAGCAACAAGGCGGAGAAGGAGUGGCAUCUGAAGACGCUCAAGAUUUACCUCGGAGUGCGGAAGAAACUGAAGGCGCCGUCAAGGUGGGGUUUCACUGUGCUGCUCGACAAACAGCAGCUGUACCUGUGCUGCUCAAGCGAGUCGGAGCUCUGGGAGUGGAUGAUCAGCUUCCUCAAGGCGCAGCACGAUGACCUGCAGGCCCCGGUGCUGCGGCGGCACUCGGCCUCAGACCUCUCCAAGCAGAAGUUCGGCACCAUGCCCCUCGUACCCAUCCGGGGAGACGAGAGCAAUUCCCCCUUGCUGUCGGCCAAUCAGACGCUGCGAAAGCUACACGCGCGGAGGACGCUCUCCAUGUUCUUUCCCAUGAAGGCGCAGCAGGACUCGUUCGAGGAGCGGGCCGAGACCCCCGAGCCGCUCUACGAGGAGGUAGGCGACAUGGGCCUGCAGGUGCCGAAGCCACCGGAGAGCAGCUUCCAUGGGGGGGCGCAGCGGCCGCUCAGCCUGUGCCAGAGGAAGACGGCGUCGCUGGACCGCAUGGUCGGGCCGAACCCGGUGCGCCUGCUGCCCCCGGCCUCCUCGCUGGACGCCCUGUACGUGGAGGAGGGUCGCGGCCCAGAGGCCGGCGUCACGCUGCAGCCCUUCCCCUGCAGGAAGCCCCUUGGGCCCGGCGGCUCCUCCCAGAACCUGCUCCUGCGGGAACUGUCCACCGUGUUCGGCAGGAAGGCCGAGGACGAGGACGAGAGCGCGGACGCUCCGGGGGGCGUGGCCUGAGAGCCCUUUCGGAGCACGGAGCCCUUCGACCGCACCCUCUUUACCCCGUUUACACGGUAACCUACCCCGCGGCAGCCCUCGAUGACGAAGGCACCGCGUGACGCGUAGAGCGGCCGUGAGCGAGCCGCUCCCUCGCGACUGUCCACCGCGUGUUUCCCACUUGCAGCAGAAGAGCUUUCUUACCGACCCACCUAUUUAUUUAUUUAUUCGUCUACUGGAACAACACGUCACGAGUCCGGAAAGUUGUGCGCCGAGUCGCCGCUGCUUUACAAUGAACAUUUAAACACUACAAAA